GGCCCGGCGCAAAUAGGGGAGAGAGCACGCAACCCUGGCCAAUCCCUUCGCUCGUUCUUCUCCCCUCCGCCUCCGCCUCCGCCUCGCGCCCCCCAGCCAUGCCGCCCCCGCCGCCGCCUCCCCUCACAGAUCCCCUAGCCGCGCCGCCGCCUCGCAGACCCCCAGCCCCGCCGCCAGGAGUUCGGCGCGGGGAACCGCACAGCGCCGGCCGCCGCAUCGAGACGACCGCCGAUUCGCCGCCUCCUCUCCAGCUUCGGCAGGAGGUGCACGGACCACGGCCGCCGCAACGCCGAGCUCUGCCACCUCGCGCCUCCACCUCGCGCCGCACUCCAUCUCGUCUUCGUCAAGCCGCCCGUGGAGCACUUGCCGCCGAUGCGGUCGCCCAGCGCGAGGGGGAAGUCGGCGGCGACCGGCCACGGCAGCGCGAGGGGGAAUUGUGGCUAUUCUCUCUUCCCCGUGCGCCCUUUGCGAUGUGCAUCCUCUCCCGAGCGGCCGGUCUCGCCAACACCUCGUCCCUGCUCUCCCCUACGCGGCCAAGCCCGACCAACCGCUGCACAUCGCCAGCAGCGCUGCUGGUGCCGCGGCGGCCGGACGAGGUGCGGCGCCUCGUCAGGCUCACAUUCGUGCGCCCGCCACUCAUCAUGCCGUCCUGCUUCCUCUGGGACUACAUUAAGGUUCUACGUUGCUGCUGCAGGCUAUUGUUGCGACUGUUUCUUUGGCGCAAACCAUUGUCACAGCUCAGGCGGAUGCAGCAGGCAAUAAGAAGAAUGUCUGAAUAAAAAGCAGGUAUGUUGAGGGUGACUUUGAUGCGUGAUGGGCGCUGGUGCUGCGGUCCACACCCAGAUCGAUCCGCUAAGGAACUGCCCCACAUCCAGAUCGAUGCCGCCCAAGAGCAAAAUCUGAAGAACAAGGUGUUAUCUCUCUUUCUCUCUUCGUAGUAGCAAUGAGUUGAUCAUGCUCAGGGCAUUUUGGGCCUUUUCCAAUUGAUCAUAUGCUAUUCUUUCAGUAUUUUCUGCUUUAGCUAAAGAUUGCAGGUUGUUGUCUACCGCAGGGGUCAUCACAGCACUGGCCUCCAUUCUUGCUUCAUUGAGUUGCCCAUCAAUGCUUAUUAGCGCAAUGCAGAGGCCUAAAAGACUAUUGAUAGGAUGACAAUAGGAGGACAAGAGAUGCCACAUUACCAAACCGGCCCUCCUCAGCCUCUUAUUUGGCAAGGAUCUGCAGGCAAGAAUGAACGCCCUCCAGUUUAGUUGCUUACAAGGCCCAUUGGUAAUUAGCUUCGCCAAUAGUUCUCAUGUUUGUUUGUGUCAGUAUUGUAAAUAUCAGACUCUCAACUACAAUAUCUUUAUGCUUAUUCCGGUAUAUAUGGGGAGUAGUAUCUGAUGAAAUCUCAUAUUUCCUUUGUUUUAAUCUAAAUGUUUAUUUUAUCUACCCUAAAAUCUCGGGAUUGCACUGAGAAAAUAUGCAGACGCAUGUCGUGUUUAAAUUUCCUAUGCUAUUUAAGUUAGUUUGCUGCCAGGAUAAUGUCAGCACUAGACACUUUGAGUAAAGGUUUUCUGUAGAUCUUUGCUCCUUGAAAGCUAGGACUUGGGGAACACAAAUGUUCUCGCUUCGAGACCUGAUCUGCAUAAUUCAUAAAUAGUUGUUAUGUCUAGGUUUAAAUUUUUGAAUAAUAUGUAAAUCAGUGACAUACUAGCAUCAGUCGUUCAUAGUUGCUAUGUCUAGGCGUUAAUUUUUUGAAUAAUAUGUAAAUAGUUGUGCGUGAUAACUGAAAGUUUACGAUGCUAUUGUUUGAGAAAUGAGAGAAGAAUAACAUGCAUAACUAUUCCUCAUCAGAAAGGACAAAUAUUACGUGGUAUUUUUUUAGAUUCAAAACUUUGAGAUUAUAUGGUCCCUGAAGUAAUUUGUUGGAGUUUCCGUAAACCGUUGUCUUCCCAUCUCUUCCUAGCACAUCACUUUUCAUUCCUCUUGAAAUGUGUUGAUUACAUUGUACUUAUCUUUCUUUCUCUAUAGAGCAUGCUUAUCUUUCUUUCUCUAUAGAGCAUGUUUUACGUGCUAUGGAGCUGACGGACAACGUGUUUGGCAAAGAUACAGUUGUUGAUCCAAAAUCAGUUGUUGAACCUCUGCCUUGGCCAAAUGAUAUUUUUUUACGUAUUUUCAACAUGUCUUAUAUAAUAUAUAUUUUUAUCUGUUCACCAUGUCUUGACAAAAGAUAUAAAUGCAGAUGUGGGAGACAAUAACCCCUGGGACCAUACGAGUACAUGGCUCCAGCUUCACGUUAGGUAUGCAUAUUGAAUUUUAGUUUCAGGGGCCACUAAGUUAUCAGGUUCUUAUAAAUUCAGUUUCUAUGAUCUCUUUGGCCUUUUAGUAUGGAUGUGGCGAUCGGCUUGGAUUUUCAAACAGAUCUGAGAUUAAAAAUGAUUGUUUGCAUUUUUACGUAAGAGGAUUAUCAAAGAAGGAUGUUUCCUUAUAAACAAACCGUCCAUUCAAAGUUAUGUUUUCCCACAUGCUUACUGAUUUUUCUACAAUACUUGCAUACGAUGAUUUGUUAAGUAUUUAUGCUAUACUGAUAAAAACCGCUUCACAUGUAGAUACGUAGCCUUGCAGCUUUCUUUUGCUCUACGUGUGAAUAGAAUCCGUCGGAGCUACUCCCUGAUGGCCAGAUUUACUUUUGAAUGCCCGUACUGCUUGCAGCGGAUGAUGUUCACAUGUUUGUCUAUCAGCCAUGGUGAACCUGGUCUGAUCAUCCGACACUUUUUAUGCAACGUUGUUGCCUACAUGACCAUGUUGUUAAACCUUGACUAAAUUUCAGUAAAAUGUACCCAGGAAUUCAAUCAGCUAUGUUAUGUAAUAUACUUAGCACAGUAUUGUGUUAGAUGAACCUGUACAUGUUUUUAUCUAUCUAUGCUGGGAUUUAUGCUACGACAUUAAACUUAUAUGCUCUCCA